GCCCUUGACAACCGGGGGCCCGAGGUCGGGGGUGUCGCCAUCGGCUUCCUCAUCGUGGCCAUCAUAUCCUACGCCCUGCGCAUCUAUGUCCGGGUGUUUAUGAUGCGAGGCUUCGGUUGGGAUGACUGGUUCAUGACCGCAGCUGCCAUUACCUUUACCUUUUACAUCAGCUGUGUCCUGGGCGGUGUUCAUUACGGCACCGGCCAACAUUUUGCUGCCCUGACGGAGACUGAGAUCCAGCGAGCCAUGGAGUUCUGGUUCUUCUGUUAUAUCGGGUACUGCUGGACUAUGAUCUUAUCCAAGAUAUCGAUUGGCCUUUUCCUGGUCCGCAUCAUCGUCAAGAAGAUUACACUGCAUGUGAUCUACCUGGCCAUGUUCCUCAGUGUCGUGACGGGGCUCAUAUUCUUCUUCGUCGCGGUGCUCCAGUGCACGCCCGUCUCGUACUUUUGGAACAAGACACAGCCCGGCAGCUGCAUCUCUGUCGACAUCAUCAUCGAUAUGACGUUUCUCUAUACCGCCCUGAACAUCGUAUGCGAUUUCUCAUUUGCACUUAUGCCUAUCUUUAUUAUCCGGAAUUUGAAUAUGCCUAAACGUAUGAAGAUGGCCACCAUCCCAUUGCUGAGCAUGGGAUGUCUCGCGAGCGGUGGUGCAGUAGUGAGGAUGGCAUACGUCGAACGAUUCCGAGAUGCCGAUUUUUUGUACGACACGGUCGACAUCGCAAUCUGGUCUACCGUAGAGGCAGGACUCGCCAUCACAGCAGGCAGCCUCGCCUGCGUCCGCCCGCUCUUCAAGCUCCUCCUGCACCAGCUGGGCCUGACAGGCUCCGGC